AGAGGUGUCGUCGUUUUGGUGACUCUUGCAGUUUUCUACGUAUUUCGCCCUUAUUAUUAUAUUAUAUCCUGAUUUGGGUAAGCCGAAAAGUCGACGCCCAAAAAGCAUUAGCCCAAAAGACGACAAAUUGCAAAAUGCACUUUGGAUCUGCAAACACCCCAGCGAGCCGCGACAGAAGAAUCAGAAGAAAAGCCGCGACGCGACCAAUUGAUUCGAUUCUUAUUAGCGACCAAAAUGCCCGCCAAACUUAAGCCACCCCUCUCUCCGGACACCGUCUGCGUAAUCGGCUUUUUCUAGGAAUUAGGAUGAAGGAUGGAAUAGAUCGAUCGAACAAAUACGGUAGAGUAGGAGUACCAGAGGAAUAGUUGAUGAUGAUGGACUGUGCAAGUAACGAUAUACAGGAGGAGCAGGAGGAGCGUCUGAAGGUGAGGGAGUUGGUGAGGAGAGAAGUAGAAGACUGGGACGACCCAGUGAAGGCGGUGGCGCGGUUCAAGGGGUUCAGCGGCCAAAGGUCCGACUGGGAAGGCCGCUAUCUCUUCUGGAGGGACCUUAUCAUCAAAGUGGCUCGACAUCUGGGGACCUUCAUCAUACGUCCUUCCCGCCUCAACAACAUUUGGUUCCGUCGGGAAGGAGCCUUGUCCCCCUUGUGCCUCCACCAAGUCCUUUUUGAGAUGCAUAAUGCUGGUGAGUUGUUGCGGGAUUCUGAUCUUACGGACCCAACAAGGACAUCGACGAGUCCAAGCGCCAGGCUUUCCCUCAUCUUAAGGAAAGCAAUACAUACCCUGGGCUUCUCUACACCCGCCCAGCCAUCUGAUUUCUCUGAAGAUUGUUACUGCAUACUUUCAACCCUGUUGAAGGAAAGAGCUCUUCAAGUUGUCCAACUUCUUUCUGAAAACCACUGGACAUCUUCUUGUGUCAUCACGCUGACCAAGUUCCAGGAAACUUGUGGAGGACCGAAGGAAGCAUCUGCUGUCUUGAGUUACUUGUCAGGCUGUGGGAAAGCUAAAUACCUUGUGGUCAGGAAGAAGGAUGUUAUGGAGGGACUGAAAGUCUCUCUUUCUUCAGGAGAAGUUUCUGAGGUCACUAGUCUGGAUUAUCAUGUUUUGCACUUAAUGUGGACAGUUGACAAGCUUGAGCAACAGCUUGAAGUGAUUGACCAACGCUGUCGAAAGUCUAAAAGUUCAGCCGUGGGUUGUCUAAAAUCUGGGAAUAGGAGAAUUGCCCUGAGGCAUGCAAGGGAACUGAAGUUGGCAUUUCAAAGUAGAGAAAAAUGUACACUACUUCUGAACCGUGUGGAGGAAGUCCUUAGAGUAAUUGCAGAUGCUGAGUCCUCCAGAAAGGUGUCUGAAGCAAUGAAAGUUGGUGCAGAAGCAAUGAGAGAAAAUAAGAUUAGCAUUGAAGAAGUUGACUUAUGUCUAGAGGAUCUGGAUACAAGCAUUAGUUCAAUAAAUCAAGUGGAUGAACUUCUAGUAUCAGCGCCACUUAGUGCAGUUCUUGAGGAUGAAGACAUUGACGAUGAGUUAAAGAUUCUAGAGCUAGAAAUUGGAGAAGACUCGAAUCGUGCAUCCAUCAGCAAAAAUGGUGUUGAUAGUAUGGCGGGUGUUGCUGAGGAAUCGGAGACUGUUGAUUCACUGUCUGAUGCUCUAUCAAAUCUGAACUUUAAGGGUAGCGCAGCUACUAAAGCAGUCAGAAAACGUCUUUCCCCGUCAAGUACUGAAGUCUUGAGUGUGUAGCUUUCUUGAAUCCUGUAAGCAAACAUCAAGCAGUUCUUUGACCUGGAGUCCCCAGCCUUUGAUUGAACCUAUUGCAAUUCAUGUUUGGUACCGUAGAGAUGAGUUAAUACCAAGAUGUGAUGCAAGGUUGCAAUCUGUUGGAUAAUGGCGACUUUGCGCAUCGUGAUGUUAUAAAUCUUUUGGGAUUUCAAACCGGUGGGGGAGCUGGUCGACCUUGAUUAUAGUCCGUCCGAUCUUGGGCAUUCGCUGUACAGAAAUUGCGUCACGGUAUCGAGAAAGGGUUGAUCAAUUCAGGAUGAGACACGCAAGCAAAUCCGUGUUGCUGCCUUGACUGUUUUCGCUUAUAACUUCCAUGAGAUUUAAUUACUGAAACAAGAUCAGGGUGAAAAUUGAAAAUGGAGAAAGUAUGGUGAUAGAUAUCGGAUAUUCCA